AUGGUGGGGAACCUGCUCAUCAUCCUGGCCAUCGGCUCUGACCAGCAUCUCCACACCCCCAUGUACUUCUUCCUGGCCAACCUGUCCUUCAUCGAUACCUGCUUCACCUGCACCAUUGUCCCCAAGGUGCUGGUGAACAUCCUGACACAGUGCCAUACCAUCUCCCACACUGGGUGCCUCGUGCAGAUGUACUUCUUCAUGGCAUUGGCUCUACUGGAUGACUUCCUGCUGGCCGUGAUGGCAUAUGACCGCUACGGGGCCAUCUGCUUUCCUCUCCACUACACCACAAUCGUGUGUCCCCAGCGCUGCCUGCUGCUGGUCUCUGCAUCCUGGCUCUGCUCCCACCUCCUGGCCUUUUCGCUCACCCUCCUCAUGUCUCAGUUCUCCUUCUGUGCCUCUCAUGCCAUCCCACACUUUUUCUGUGAUCUUCUCCCGCUCCUCAAGCUUGCCUGU